CUCUCACAACAACGGCGAGGAAACCAGUUCUCUUGCCAAAUAAUGACACAUUUUCCAAAAUUGCUUCUUAAAUGUGAUGCUAACACAGGAUACUUUCAAUGUGCAUUCAAUCCGCUAUCUGGUCAAAGUUUACUACCGGGAGAGUUACGACUUUUUUGUUCAUUUCGACUACUUUGCUAACGUUUGUAGCAGGGUGUCAAGUUAGCCAAACAGCUAAUGUGACAGUAACUUCAGCUGGAACAAGAUUCACAGCAAGUGUUCAUACAUAGAGGACAAUGCCACGCUUGCAGUCUGGUGUGUGGAAGCAUUUUACCCCAGCCAUCAAAGAUGGGAGGGAAACCUUCAUGUGCAACUACUGUUCAAGGACAUACACAAAGAACGCCACCAAGAUGCAGAUGCAUUUGGACAAAUGCAAGGAGUACUCUGUGGUUUCACAGCAGUCACCAGGCCCAGAUGGGAGCUCCUCUGCCUCAAUCCCUGUUCCCUCAUUCUCCUUUUUACCAUCUGCCACUUCUGGGGGACCGUUUCUCAUUGAUUCAGUGGAUCAGCGCAGCCAGGCGUAUGCUGAUGAGAGCCUGGCGAGAGCUGUGUAUGCCACUUCCUCACCCCUCACUCUCACAGACAACAUUUAUUGGAAACGAUUUUUCAGCGUGCUCCGGCCUGCUUACUGCCCACCCACCAGAGAGGCUUUGUCCUCUCAUCUGUUGGACUGUGAGUAUGACAGAGUACAAAACCAGGUUCAGGAGGCAAUAGGGAAAGCAGACUGUGUCAGCAUCAUAUGCAGCGGCUGGUCGAACAUAAAAGAAUCCGGAACUAUCAUUUAUAUUGUGGCGACUCCUGUACCACUGUUCUAUAAAUGCACAAAGACAAAGGAGCAGAUACAUGCAAGCACAUUCAUUGCUGAGGAACUGAAAGAUAUCAUAAAUGAAGUGGGGCCUCAAAAGGUCUUUGCUAUCAUCACUGAUGACGCUCCAGAAAUGAUGGCAGCUUGGGCUCAAGUAGAGGAAGCCUUCCCACACAUAUCAGCUAUUGGCUGCACAGCAUGUGCCAUCCAGAAGCUCUUUGAUGACAUGGUGGCACAGCCGUCUAUUAAGGCACUGUGCAGGAGAGCUGAGCAGGUGGUAAGGUAUGUCAGAGAGCGAAAAAUAUUAGCAGAGACCUUUAGAUGCUGGCAGUCGACAAAGAUAAGAAACCACACGUCUAAUGGGACAACACUGGCUCUGCCUACAAGCUCUGACUGGACUGGUGUGCUUAACAUGUUCAGCAGCCUCCUGGAGGGUCAGAACUCUCUACAAGAGAUGGCCGUCUCACCCACACUGACUGUUGAGGCAUCCAUCAGGGCCACUUUACAGGAUUCUGCAUUUUGGAAAGGGUUGAGUAGCAGUCAAAACCUGCUGUACUUGAUUGGGAAUUCUGUUGAUUACAUGAAACGAGAAGAUGCUGUACUCUCUGGUGUUGUUGACAUGUUCAGUCAGUUAAGAUACCACAUUGGAGCCUCCCUGCCUGGGUCUGUGCUGCACAGUGGUGAACAGAAAGCUGUCAUGGCAUCAUUAGACAGGUGUCAGGAGUUCUGUGUAAAGCCCAUUCACGCAGCAGCGUACAUGCUGGAUCCAAAACAUGUUGGACAGCAGACACUCUCCGGGGAGCAGAUAAACAGUGCUUACUACGUGAUAUCCAGCCUGUCACACCAUCUAAAUCUUGAUGAGGGUAAGGUGCUUGGCAGCUUUGCCAGGUUCUCAGCCAAACAGGGACUAUGGAAGGGAGCUGGGAUAUGGAGCUCAUGCCAGCACGUGUCUGCAUCCACCUGGUGGAAAGGGCUGUGUUCCUCUGAGCCACUGUCCGCUGUGGCCUCUGCUAUACUCCAGAUCCCUCCAACAACAGGUGCUUGUGAGCAGCUGCGGUCUCGCUUCUGCAGUACAAAGGUCCAGGGCUCUCUCUCAGCUGACAGGUUGCAGAAACUGGUAGCAGUACAGGUCAAUCUCAACCUUUUAGAGCCAGGUGAUUGUGAGUUUGCUCCGCUGGAGAGUGAGGAAGAGAAGAAAAGUUCAUUUCAUUCUGAGUCUCAGUAAAAAGACAACUGAGAUAUCUGGAUAUUUGUGGAGCAGAUCAGGUGUUUCCCGUAGCAGUCUGCUGCUGCAAAAUUAUUGAAGUUUUUACCAGCUAUGUUUUGCUGGCCCUCUCUGUGUGCCUGUCAUUCAUGCAUCAUGCGUGGCGAGGGACUGGGCUGCUAUUUUUCUCCAAGUGAGGAAAUGUAAUAUUCUCAUGUAGCAUAACGCAGUUGAAAAUUGUAUACAUUUUUUCAUUUAAAGAUCCAAUCAUCACUAAAGUGAAUGUCAUGCAAGACAUCCGACAUCAGCUCAUGCAUUGAGUAACACGCAAGAAAACACUCCACCUUAAAAGUUGCCAGUAGCUGCUGGUAGCCUUUGAGUGAUCAAUUGCAUAAUUUUUUUUCAACCUUACUAUUGUCAACUGGUAGAGAUAAAAAAAAGAAGCAAAUCAUCCUUUCGUUCAUCAUUCACUCCUCUGACAGUUACUUUCUCUGUGAUGCAUUUGCAAAGACGCCUAAUAAACUUGGACAGUUUGUGCUGCGUCCACAGUGCAGCUGGAAAUGAAAGCUCGCUCAGCUACAUUUUCAUAGCCGAGCCUACAAUCUUAGUGAAAUGAAAUCGUUCAAAACACAAACUACUUGUGUUCAUUCUCCUAUAUUGUUUAACGCCAGGCUAAUACAACUACUACAACCUACUACAUCCAUGGUAUCAUCACAUACUGCUUAGCUAGAUGUUUGGCUGACUGCCACCUAAUAUUCUCAACAUUAUGUCAGUCUGACAUUUGAUCGUGUGGUCAGUUAUAGUUGAUUGACGUGUGUAAACUUGACACUGUAGUAACAGUGGUUACAUAACCUUCGAAACAAGCCACAAUUUAACUGUGGUGCACUCCGGUACGGAACAUAUAGCAUUAACCCCUCCCUGGGCCAAUCCUGCCACUACUGAUUAUAAUACUGAAGAAAAUACAAGGGGAAACACUGUUGACCACAUGGACUGUGAUUCUCACUCUUUGAGAAGGAAAUUUACAAUAGCCAAGUCCACAAAUAAACAGACAGCUUUUUAAUUAAUUUAAUGAUUAAAUGUAAAUUAAUUAAAAUUAAAUGUAAAUUUCUCAUGAAAUGUUUGAAGUUAGGCUGAACUUCCUCAGCUGUGUUUCACUGUGGUCACAUUCCUCUCUUCACUGCAAGGCCUGUGAAAAAAUGAAAUGCAUAAAGAGUGAAUGAAUCACACACUUUCAAGUGUUUUAACAAACACAAUUUGUAUUCAAGUAGUAGGUUUGUUUUGUUUUUUUUAUCAGUUUCAACUAGUAUGUGUCAACUUUAUAAUCACAACAUGAAAUAUUAACAGACAAGAGGUUGAAUCUUC